CAGACUGAAGAAUGUCCAAGCCAACACACUCAAAGCAAAACAUAGACAACUGGCCUAGACUGGACGAACGCAACAACGUGUAAGGGGAUAUGCCCAAAGUGACGGAGACCCUCGAACUAUUUAAAUAUGCAUCAACUCAUUGCAAUAGAGACAUCCGGCGUUGGUACGUAACCAGACGGCACCGCGACGUAGUCGCAAACACAAAAUACCAAACCAAACAAGACAAGAAAAGGAAGCGUUCUCACAACGGAAUCCCUCCCUCCUCCUCCAUUAUAGCUGUUUCAGCUCUCCAAACUGGUCAUGGCCAAGCUCCUGUUCUUCCUCCUCCCCCUCCUCCUAUCCACCAAUCUCUCCAAAGGAGAGACUCCUUUCCCAGCAGUCUUAAUCAAGUCCAGCCUCAUAAACCCCACCAGGUGCUCCAGCCCCUCCUCCAUCCCCACCUGCAGCUCCUACCUCUACGUCGACCCCCGAGGGCAGCCUUCCUCGGAGAUCGCAUCCAUCUACUCAGCCAAUGCAUCACUGAUCAAGGCCAUCACCCGGCCGACAGGCAAGACUGACUUCCUUGUCAAGGUCCCAUGCGUGUGCGAGGAGCCAGACAACACCACCAGCUCUGCCUUCCUCCUCCAUGACACCAAGUACAAGGUGCAGUUGAAUGACACAGUUGACAGUGUCACGGCCGAUAAGUUCAGUGGGCUUGCAUGGAACGUUGGAGGAAGAGCAGAACUGAACGCAGGCGACACCAUCACGGUGCACCUCCCAUGCGGCUGCUCGGCGGUGGAUGCCAGGGUGGAGGUGGUAUCAUAUGCAGUGCAGGGAGGAGAUACUCUUAUCACCAUUGCGGAACUGCUAUCAUCAGAUGCCAGUGCAAUACAGGGGAUGAACAGCAUGGUGACGAAUCCGAACUACCUGAGUCCCGGUUGGGUGCUUUUUGUGCCUUUGGGAAUCAGGGUUUCACUGCAGACAUCGUCUGGAAAAGGAAAGAAGCUUGCAGUGAGACUGGGCAUAUCAUUGCCAAUGGCCUUCCUUGUAGUUAGUGCAAUAAUAACUAUCAUUUGCGUGAGAUAUCGAAUCCAUUGGCACAAGAAGGAAGAUCUUGAGAAGAAAAUGGACAAAACCAUGAGCGCAAAGAGUAUUGCAGCCCUGGAGAGUCAGUACCUUCCCAACAAGACUGCUGAAGAUGUUCAGCCAUUUGAGUCCGAGAGACCUGUAACCUUUAGCUUGGAGGAGGUCAAGGAAGCCACAGCUAACUUUGAUGAAACUAGAAAGAUUGGAGAGGGAGGAUUUGGGAGUGUUUACUUUGGAAUGAUAGGAAAGCAGGAAGUUGCGAUUAAAAAGAUGAAGUCGAGCAAGUCCAAGGAGUUCUUUGCUGAGCUGAAGGUGUUAUGCAAAGUGCAUCACAUAAACGUGGUUGAGCUAAUUGGUUAUGCAGCAGGCGAUGACAACCUCUAUUUGGUUUAUGAAUUUGUUCAGAAUGGUUCACUCAGUGAGCAUCUUCAUGAUCCACUUUUGAAAGGACAUCAGCCUCUCUCUUGGAAUGCAAGAGUGCAGAUUGCAUUGGAUGCUGCCAGGGGUAUCGAGUACAUCCAUGAUCAUACUAAGGCACAAUAUGUUCAUCGCGAUAUAAAAACUAGCAACAUCUUGCUGGAUGAUGGACUGAGAGCAAAGGUUGCAGAUUUUGGGCUGGCGAAGCUUGUGGAACGCAGUGCAGAAGAUGACUGCAUAGCAACUCGUUUGGUUGGGACUCCUGGUUACCUCCCACCAGAGUUGGUCCGUGAGCUCCAGAUGACCACCAAAACAGAUGUUUUUGCUUUUGGAGUAGUUAUUGCAGAGCUGAUAACAGGUCAUCGUGCUCUCCUUCGAGACAACAAGGAACCUACCAAGAUGAAAUCGCUGAUCUCAAUCAUGAAAGGAAUUUUCCAAGAGGAUGAUUCAGAGAGUGCUUUGGAGGCAAUUAUAGAUGGGAAUCUCAAUGACAGUUACCCUAUCGAAGAAGUAUACAAGAUGGCCGACAUCGCCAUGUGGUGCUUCAGCGACGAGCCACUGAACCGUCCUGAAAUGAGGGAGAUAACAGUGAAGCUGGCUCAGAUCGUUAUGGCCUCCAUUGAGUGGGAAGCAUCACUGGGAGGAAACAGUCAAGUCUUCAGUGGCGUGUUUAAUGGAAGAUGAGACACUAAUCUCAACUAGAAAUGUAAAUGUAAUUAUUCUCCUUCCCACUGAUGGAAGCAGGUUUUAUGGUGAGUGUUGUAAUGGAGUAGAUCAAACAGGCAGUGUGGAGACAGAUACCAGCAAUGUUAAGCUUAUCAGUAGUAGGGCUUUUAAAAAAGAUGACACAGCAAUGACCACUGUAUCUUCAGGAACAUGAGACUGAUGUAAAGUGAAGUAAUGAGGGGAGCCAAAUAGACAAUUUAUGCUCAAAACAAAAAUUAAAACCUAACUUUGAUUGAAUUAUUCAUAGAAUGGAAGAGAAGUUACAGCACAUAUUUUGAUUUGAAUUAACAAAUGAAAAAGGGAAAAAAAAUCCAGCCCAGAAUGAGUAGCAGAACUGUUUUUUUUUAAUAAAAAUAAAAAUGAAGUUUCAACAAAAUUUCCUUCUUUAGUUUAAUUGCUUUAAGCUAGAUUAAACAAUGCCUGUUCUGAAGCAGCUUGGAGCGCAUACGGGGAACUCAACCAGUCACCGAACUUCAUCUGUGCUGGG